CUGGCCGCGCGUCGCACAGACCUGCACGCCGGCGUCACAGAACGAUCCGAGGUGGCCGGCCCACCGGUGGGACGCCGGCUGCGCUGUACGUGGAUGAGGUGCCGGACGAAUGGCCGGUUUUCAAGAGCACAGUUUGCAAGCAGUACCAGUUCUACCACAUGAACAGGAGCGAGUGGAUUUCUAUGACGUGAACUCUCAGGGCCACUUCGGAGUCGUGGCCGGACUUCUAGGCACGUUUCAUAAAGCUUUCCGGCCCUGUGAAGAUGAAGACCAGCAGUUCCUAGACAUCGGAUGCGGUCCAGGACGUCUCACAGCUGAAUGCCUGUUCCCACGCUGUCCAGCGUGCCGGAGGCUCGUGGCCGUAGACAAAUCCACAGCCAUGCUGAAGUUCGCGGCUGAAAAUUACCCUCACCCGAAGAUCGAUUACCUUGCACUCGACAUCGCGCAAGAAGUGGAUGAGUUUGUGCGUGAGCAGGGCCAGUUCCAGCGGGUGUACUCCUUCCUUACGCUACACUGGGUCCGAGACCAGCCCAGGGCCAUGCAGAACAUCGAGAGGCUGAUGGCUCCCGGAGGAGAGUGCAUCUUACUCUUCAAGCGUAGUGUGCACUUUUUUGACCUCUUUGAAGCGAUGAUAAAUACGCAACAGUGGUCGAAGUACAGGGAGGUUCUUGAAAGUAUGAUGCCGGCAAGCAGAAUGAUCAAUGACGUCCUCUCUCUGAGGGCAUAUGCAAGAAACAUUGUUGAGUCUACAAGCCUCACGACAUUGUCUUGCGAAGUUCUCGUCUCUCCCGAGGAACUACGCUGGACGAGAGGACAAAUGACCGAAUCGCUCCUUGCAUUCAACCCAGUUUACCCACUGCUGGUUAAAGAAGAGAAGGAAGAGCUCCAAAACUUCAUUAGAGGAUUUGUCAACACCUUCUCCAUUGACUUUUUCAACAGAGACCCGGCUAAUCGCAUGUAUGUUUUUAUCCAUGCUUGUAAGCAAUUCAGCGAGGGAGAUACAACAAACUGCUCAACUGGUUCCUCAUAGCUCUUCAAGACCUAAGCGCAUUUAACAUCAGCUAAGUGAAUAAACUUGCAUGAUUGAUGUAUGCUUUUUUCGCUUGGCAUAGUUCAGUACCACUGGAAGGGGUGCGCGAUGUGUU